UUUAACAAUAAAUCAAGAUGGCGUCUACAGAAGAAGUCUUGGUCUGGACCCCAGAACUCGAAGUCAGUUUGUUUCAUUCCAUGAAAGGGCACAAGCCAGUCGGAAUAAAUCGACAUUUUCAUAUGGCGUGUAUUCACGACAAAUUCGCGACGUCAACUGGGAAACGAAAUAUUUCUUCGAAACAAAUCUGGGAGCACUUACAAGAAUUGUACAAUCUACAAGCUUUGGAUGAUCUUGAAAACCUCCCAUUUCCAAAUGAUGAAACAGAAUUUAAUUUACCUGAUGAAAUAUUUGAGUCUAAUGCAAAGCCUCAUUCAUCGGCAUCUGAAUCCUCUGCUGUGGCAGAUGAAGGCAUGACAGCUCUUCUUAAACUCAAACUUCAAGGGUUGGCCAGUAAUUCACCAAAUGCAUCCACUCCUGACUCAUCACCAAAGAGAAAAAGGACACGACAAGUGAACAGUGCAAGUUCAUCGCAGCCAUCAUCUCCUCAUCCCCCUUCAUCUGCGAAGAGAAGGCGGUAACAAUGUAAUCUCUGUUGAGGUGAUUGAUGUACAGUUUAAAGAAGUAAAUUAUAUGUAUCAGUUUCAAUAGUUGCUAUCAUUUGAUGAUAACUCAUUGAAGGCAUAAUUAAGAAUUUAUAGGUAGUUGUUGCUUAGUAAGCAAGAAAGCAAUUCUUUUUUUUUAAAAAAAAUUUAUUUUGUAUCUAUAAAGGUGAGGAAUCUUUAGAUUAUUUGGUGUUUGAGGUGUUUCUUGUUGAUUCAUAUGGAUAUUUAUUAGCUUAUCUCCUACUUUACUUAUUGAAUGUAGAAUAAUUUUGUCUUUUACUUUGUCUUUGAAAGUAGCUCUUCAUAAUACACUUUGUCUGGAUUUUAACUGUUGAAACUGCUGAAGAAGGGGAAGAAUUAUUCUUUUCUUUUGAAAACUCUUUGUAUAAAAAAUUAUUGGAGCAGUAUUCUCCUUUUCUGCGAUAAUCAGUAAAAUUUACUGCCUGUAGUAUUUCUUAUUACCAUCUUAAAUGGGUUGGAAUUCUUGAAAAUUCAACAGAUGAAAGGACUGCCCUAGUGAUUUGAAAAUUUAUUUUACCUUUCAUGCUCAAAACGAGGUAAAACACUGUUGAAGUGUUUUCUGGUUUUCAUUUAUUCUGGUCUGAUGGACUCAAAUCUUAACUUGUCUCCAACAAAAUAAGGGUUUGAGUUUUGACAAGGAGGUUCACCCACUCUGGUUGUAUAUGUACCUCCAUUGUCGUAUUCUGAUAGAGGGAAGGUCCAAAAGUAGGAGUUUAUAUACAUUUGGAACUGUUAACAAGAGUGUUUUUGGAGUUUUGAUUGUUCAAGUACCAAGAAUUGUGAGAAUCUUAAUUAUAUAUGUAUAUAACAUAGAAGGUACUAUUACAUGUUAGGAAUUUAUUAAUAAAAUUGCC